AUGGAUGCUUUCGUGGGGAAAGUGACCCUUGAGGAGUUCAAGAUCUUCCACGGCCUAGACCGCGAGCUGUACACCAUCCUCAUCCGGGACCUCUCCCGUAACCCUUCUGAGUCCCUCCAAGUCAUGGGCUUCUGGCACUGGCUCGAGCGUGGCGGCUUCCGGAACCUCGUCAGCCGCAUCCUCUCUCUCGACACCCACCUCAUCAACCGAGCAUGUGACGAGGCUGUCAUCUGCCUCCAAGUCAUCAUGGCCACCCACCACCUCCCACCCACCCCACCACCCGAUAACUCACCCAUCCCACUCACUUGCUGCCUCCUCAAAAUCGAGGCUCCUUUUCUGCAGUUCCUUUCCGAGAACCGCCUGGUCGUUUUCCACGGCGUGCAGAAUCUCGUCAGCGAUAUCUGCAUUCCGGCGCUUUCAGACAUCAUGGAGCUGGCCCGUCAAGGCAGCAUCACCCCGGUUCCCAGCCCGACCCGUGCGGGCCUCAUCCCUUUGAAUACUCCUUCACCGGGCCCACGUACUGUACUUGGCCCAAUCGGCCCACCAAGCCCGGUCCGCGCACUCACUCUUGAGGAUCUGGCUGCUCGUGGGUUAUCGGGCCUGAAGGUUGCUGAUGGGGACUCUGGUGGGCCCCCGGCUGGCGAGGCGGGCCUCCCAAAAUUCUCGAGGACCAUGUUCGUCACUUUCUCUAAAGGCUACCCAGUCACCGAGGCUGAGGUGAGGGACUUUUUCGUGAGGCUGUUUGGGAACUGCAUAGAGUCGCUUUACAUGCAGGAGGUGGAGCCCGAGGAGCAGGCACUUUACGCGCGCAUCGUGUUCAUGCACCCUUCGUACAUUCACUUUAUUCUCAACGGCGAGCCAAAGGCUAAGUUCUCGAUCAACGGGAAGCACGUUUGGAUGAGGCAGUUUGUGCCGAGGAACGGGAAUGUGGGGCCCUCUGCAUGCCUCAACCACCAAUUUUUUUAG